UAGCAUUCCUCUGUUUUACGGUACGGGCCGUACAGGGAAGAUUGUGGGGACAUGUCAGUUGAUCCGCUGCAAAGGGUCUUGGUACAACAAGGCCGGAAACGCAUGGCCUCUCGUGUCAUUGAGGGCAAGAACUGAGCUUAAUAGCAUUCCGUUUGCAUAAAUGCGCGAAAUAGACUCACAAACGUUACAUCGAACAAAUUACUGAAGAAUCUAAUUUGUAGAACGCUUGUUUCCAGUUUAUUACUUGCUAUUAUUGUUUGCCUCGAGGCUUUUCCACUUUCCCCUCAUUUGUUCCAGAAUCAAUUCACACCAACCCCGCAAUCAUAAUGCACGAGCAACUGCAAUAUCUCCAGGAUAACCCUAAGAUUAUCUUUUUCACGGAUUUCGAUGGAACCGUCACGUUGCAAGAUUCCAAUGAUUACCUGGUCGAUAAUCUUGGUUUUGGAGUCGACAAGCGCGAGGUACUGGAAGAGCAACUCUCGAACGGGGAUAUAACCUUCAGGGAAUCGUUUCAGACAAUGUUGGACAGUGUACAAGCCCCAUUUGAUGAGUGUAUUCAUGCCCUCUCAGAGAACAUCGAGUUCGACCCACACUUCUUCAAUUUCUACCAGUGGGCAAAAGAACACAAUGUCCCUAUCGUAGUGCUGUCCUCCGGCAUGGCGCCCGCCAUCCACGCUUUGCUUGAGAAGCAUCUGGGAAGCCAGCCGGAAAACAUUUCAGUGAUAGCCAAUGACAUUCAACCUCGCAAUGGCAAGGGUAUCAACGAGCAUGGUGGCUGGCAAAUUUCCUUCCGUGACAAUAGCCACUUCGGUCAUGACAAAUCGCGUGCGAUCAAACCCUACGCAGUCCUCACAGGUCCAUCCCGUCCAGUCCUGUUGUACGCUGGAGAUGGGGUUUCUGAUCUGUCCGCCGCAUCGGAAACAGACAUGCUCUUUGCGAAGCGCGGGAUGGGCCUCGUUCGGUACUGUGAGGAGCGUGGAAUUCCUUUCGUUCCAUUCGAUGAUUGGACCUCCAUCCUCGCCACUGUGCAAUCUAUCUACACCAACGCAUCAGGGAAAGGGGAACGUCUAGCAAAUUAAUUGCGACUGGGUGGAGAUAAAAAGCUUAUAGGCAAAUGAAGGUUAGGGAACGAAUAUGAAGGUUUGAAGAGUCCAAGCAUCUUCCUAUUCCGG